AUGAAUUCUAGGAUUCUACAGGGGGAAAAAAUCAAGAAAUUUGAUAUGAUAGUAACUUCAUUAAAAGUUCUUAUGGGCAUCCUGAAUUUACCAACGAAGAGAUAUAGAGAGUAUGAGCUAGUGACACCAGUUAGCACAAACCUAAAAGGACACUAUCUUUCCAAUAUUCUCUCUGCGAAUCACAAAAGGAGGUCACCCAGGGACUUGUCGUCCUCGUCAGAGCAACUGUUCUUUAAUGUCACAGCAUUUGGAAGAGAUUUUCAUCUCCGACUAAGGCCGAACACUCGCUUCCUAGCUCCUGGGGCUGUGGUGGAAUGGCAUGAGACAUCUCCAACGCCCGGGAAUACCACUGACCCCGGAAAUGGCCAUCCCCAUGGAAGUGCUGCAGAAGGAAUCUGGAGAUCGGAGCCUUUGCAGACUAGCUGUGCUUAUGUUGGUGACAUCACGGACAUUCCAGGAACCUCUGUUGCCAUUAGCAACUGUGAUGGUCUGGCUGGAAUGAUAAAAAGUGAUGAUGAAGAGUAUUUCAUUGAACCCUUGGAGAGAGGUAAACAGAUGGAUGAAGAAAAAGGAAGGAUUCACAUUGUCUACAAGAGGUCAGCAGCAGAGCAGGUGCCCAGGGAGGUGUCUGAAGACUUCUACUACAGAGAGCCGGGGCUGGAAGGCCUUGAUGAUCUGGCUACAGUGUACAGCAACGUUGGCCAGCAGCUGAACGAGACAAUGCGGCGCCGCAGACACGCGGGAGAGAAUGAUUACAACAUCGAGGUGCUUCUGGGAGUGGAUGACUCUGUGGUCCGUUUCCAUGGCAAGGAGCACGUCCAAAACUACCUCCUCACCCUGAUGAACAUCGUAAAUGAAAUCUACCAUGAUGAGUCGCUGGGAGUGCACAUAAAUGUGGUCCUAGUGCGAAUGAUUAUGCUCGGUUACGCAAAGUCCAUCAGCCUCAUAGAAAGGGGAAACCCAUCCAGAAGUCUGGAGAAUGUAUGCCGCUGGGCUUGCCAACAGCAGAGACCUGAUCCCAACCAUGCCGAGCACCAUGAUCAUGCAAUUUUCUUAACCAGGCAAGACUUUGGGCCUGCUGGAAUGCAAGGCUAUGCUCCAGUCACAGGCAUGUGUCAUCCAGUGAGAAGCUGUACCCUGAAUCACGAAGACGGCUUUUCAUCUGCUUUUGUAGUAGCCCAUGAAACUGGCCAUGUGCUGGGAAUGGAGCAUGACGGGCAAGGCAACCGGUGCGGCGAUGAGACCGCCAUGGGCAGCGUCAUGGCGCCCCUCGUGCAGGCUGCCUUCCAUCGCUACCACUGGUCCAGAUGCAGUGGUCAGGAACUGAAAAGAUACAUCCACUCCUAUGACUGUCUCCUUGAUGACCCCUUUGAACACGAUUGGCCCAAACUCCCGGAACUCCCAGGAAUUAAUUAUUCCAUGGAUGAGCAAUGCCGGUUUGAUUUUGGCGUUGGCUACAAAAUGUGUACUGCGUUCCGGACCUUUGACCCGUGCAAACAGCUGUGGUGCAGCCACCCCGAUAACCCAUACUUCUGUAAGACUAAGAAAGGGCCCCCGCUUGAUGGCACUGAAUGUGCUGCUGGGAAGUGGUGCUAUAAAGGGCACUGCAUGUGGAAGAAUGCUAACCAACAGAAACAAGAUGGCAACUGGGGGUCAUGGACCAAAUUUGGAUCCUGCUCCAGGACGUGUGGAACUGGUGUCCGUUUCAGAACACGCCAGUGCAAUAACCCCGCGCCCAUCAACGGUGGGCAGGACUGCCCUGGUGUUAAUUUUGAGUACCAGCUUUGUAAUACAGAAGAAUGCCAGAAGUACUUUGAGGACUUCAGGGCCCAGCAGUGCCAACAGCGCAACUCCCACUUUGAGUACCAGAAUACUAAACACCACUGGCUGCCACACGAACAUCCUGACGCUAAGAAAAGAUGCCACCUCUACUGUCAGUCCAAGGAGACUGGGGAUGUCGCUUACAUGAAACAGCUGGUUCAUGAUGGAACACGCUGUUCCUACAAAGAUCCAUACAGCAUAUGUGUGCGAGGAGAGUGUGUGGAGGUGGGCUGUGAUAAAGAAAUUGGUUCCAACAAGGUUGAAGAUAAGUGUGGGGUCUGUGGAGGGGACAAUUCCCACUGCCGAACUGUGAAGGGGACAUUUACCAGAACACCCAGGAAGCUUGGGUACCUUAAGAUGUUUGACAUACCCCCUGGGGCUAGACAUGUGUUAAUCCAAGAAGACGAGGCUUCUCCUCAUGUUCUUGCUAUAAAGAACCAAGCCACGGGUCACUACAUUUUAAAUGGCAAAGGGGAGGAAGCCAAGUCACGGACCUUCAUCGAUCUUGGCGUGGAGUGGGAUUACAGCAUCGAGGAUGACAUUGAAACGCUCCACACAGAUGGGCCCCUGCAUGACCCAGUUAUCGUUCUGGUACGUGCCGUGCAGCAUGUUAUAUUGAUCAUACCUCAGGAGAAUGACACACACUCCAGCCUGACAUAUAAGUACAUCAUCCAUGAAGACUCCGUACCGACAAUCAACAGCAACAACGUCAUCCAGGAGGAGCUGGACACUUUCGAGUGGGCGUUGAAGAGCUGGUCUCAGUGCUCCAAACCCUGUGGUGGAGGUAACAACUCCAUUAAUUUGUAA